AUGGCUGGCCUUUCGACGGCGGCCUUUCCUUGGGAAUGCCGCGAUAAGGAAGACCAAGCACAGGCAUCCUUUCACCAUCCCAUGAGACGUGCAAACCGGAUUCUUGUAGAAGAGAACAUGCGGUUGAAGAGAAUUCUACGGGAAAAUGGUAUAUCCUGGUCACCUCUGGCGCAAGCACAUCUGAUAAAGCAAAACCCUGCUCCUCGACGACGGACUCGUGCCUCCAUGUCCGCAUACGAGCUUGGCCGUCCCACUUUGCCGACUGAGGUUAUUCUCAGGAUUUUGAAAUUCGCCUUGAAGAGUCCCUAUCCUGUCAUCGAUCCCUUGUCUAGACUGUGUCAUGAGCAUCUUUCCGAGAAGGAAAAGACACGCGGCAACCAAGUUGCGAUACACUUCCUGGCUACUUGCAGGGUUCUCCAUACAGAGGGCACUCGAUAUUUUUGGGAGUCGAACCGCUUCACCUUCACCACCCCUGAAGCUCUUCGCAACUUUUCUGAAUUGAGCCCCCAGUAUCGGAAUCAGAUCACGCACCUAAACUUGCGCAUCAUCGCCCGCUAUUACGACGAUCAACGCCGAAAGCACAGACUCGACCGCAGCUACCAUGCUGACCUCAAGAAAGAUCAACUAUUGAAAGUUAGGCUACGGCCAAAGGAGCCACCGCUCAUCAGAGGAGGCUUUCGAUGUUAUACCUGGUCCCAGAUUACAGACUUUUUGAUGGCGCUUCGUGCGCCGUACGAUCCAAACUACAAAGACAAGAAUAAUAAUCCUAGACCUCGACUUCUUCCGGGGCUUUUGUCGCUGCGACUGGAUCUCGUCAAUUUUUCGGAGACACUUCUCCCCUUUUCCGGCUCUGAACUGCAUGAAAUCGCGUCCCAUGAGCUAGGAUGUACACUCAACGAACUCCAAGUAACGGGCAUGCCGUUUGACGACGCUGGAAUGAAGGCUUCGGCCGAAUUGAGCGGCAUGCUCAAGGACGAGGGUCUGUUUUUGGAUGGAUCGCCAUCAUUCAUUGCCCACGCCAAGCAUUUGCAGCCAUUGUCCGGGAAACGUUGGUGUGCUAGGGUUGUCAGGGCAUUCAGGGGUAAAGAUGACGAGUCCGAUUCGGACGAGCACGACGAGGAUGAUGAAACGGAUGGGUCUGGUAUUCACGGACACGCCCACGCGAGAAUCGGCACCAUGCCGCCUGCUCCAGCAGAAGAAGGCCACCCAACAUCAUCGCGAGACCCAGAGAAGAUAAUAUGGAAGCGAGUUCCGCUCAACCGUGAUGACGACGCGCGGUAUUGGGUCCAAUUUUCCCGGCGCGGCGGUUAUGAGAUUAUAGAUCCUGGGUGGGAGACAGACGAGGAACGAAUCUGCCCAUGCUGUGGCGAGGGUCACCCCAGCGCAUCAUCCUUCCUAAGCUUAAUGAUGGAACAUGAUGAUGAUGAUGAUGACGACGACGACGACGACCUGAUGGAUCUUGAGUAA